GAAUCUGAAUUUCUAGACAAGAAAGUUAAGCUCAGAAGUAACUGAAUGGUUGUUACAAGUUAUGUUUAUUUCUGUCAAACCGUUAUUUCAUUUUGGAUUUUUGUUGUGCUUUCACUCUUCAGAGCUUAGAUUUUAGAGCUCGAUUCUUGUUACAGCAUUUUGUUUUUAUCAUUUUAUUUGUACUACUGAAGAUUAACCUUAAACAAUUGCAUUCAAGAAAUUUUGUAUUAAGUAAUAUUUCUGGAAGCAGUUCUAGAAUUUAUUAAGAUGGAAGACUUAGUUACUACAAUUACUAAAACUUUUAUUUCUUCAGAGGAGGUUGUUAACCUAAGAAAAAGCCUAUUUAAGUAUAAUGGAUUGACUGAAGUAUCAGCCAGAGACAAGAGAAGAGCACGGUUAUUGGAAGACUACAAAUUGAAGAGAGAUGCAAUUCUGAAUGAAAAACGUGGCCUCAUAGAAGAUAACUUCAGUGACAAUGAAGAUUGGAUGGAUUGGGAAGAUACAAGGCGCAAAGAAGACCGGAGAGGAUAUUAUAGAGAGAACUGCAGAGGACAGCUGAUGUUGUCUGAGUGGUUAUUAGACCGGCCAUGUGACAUUGAGAAAGCCUGGACUGUGGUCGUGUGUCCAGAGGGACAGCGCACGCUCGUCAUUGCCAACAAGGGAUGUACAAGGGCUUAUCACAAGAAAGGGAUACUAAUGGCGAAGUUCCCCUCCAUACUGCCAUUCGGGUCUCCAGCCCGCCGUGGUAAGCGCGAUGAAAUCAUUAUUCUGGAUUGUAUCUGGAAUGCAAAGAAAAAAAUGUUGUUCGCUCUGGAUGUUUUAUUUUGGAGAAUGCAGCCCCUCCUUAGCUGUGAUGCUGAUUUUCGCAUGUACUGGCUGAGAACAAAAAUCUCUGAGCUGAAGAAAUAUGACCAGCCUUUGCCACUAGGGGAGGGAGUUUACGAUGUGCACCUGCCAUCCCACUGUACUUUGUCCACUCUGCCUGCCGUGCUUGCUGACCAUAAUCCAUCUGAGGUGGACGGAAUUCUAUUCUAUCACAAUGGUGCCCCUUACAUAUCUGGUCAGACACCACUGGUAGGCUGGCUCAAGCCGUACAUGCUACCAGAGAGGUUCGGGGUGCAGGUGCCUCAGGAAUAUCUGGAACAGAGACCUCAAAACUAUCAGAACCUGGAACAGUGGGUGGAAAAGGUGAGCCACAAACACAGCAAGAAGAAUCAGGAGAAGAAAGUCUGUCGCCACAAGCGAAAAGGGAACAAAGACAAGAUGGAGUUGGAUUCAACUGAAGCUUCCACAAGCUCUUCUGUGGUGGCUGAGUCUUCCGUAUGUGAGAUGAGCGAAGGAAUGGAAGAAACUUCUUCUUCUGAAGUGACUGACUCUUCUCUAUGUGAGAUGAGCGAAGGUGUGGAACAACUGGACUCUUCUGAGGUGACUGAGCCGUCUGUUUGUGAGAUGAGAAAAAACGUGGGAAAUUUGGAAUGUACCUCGGACAACUGACAAAAACCUUUCUCGUGUUUACCUCAUACUAAGGGCUGUGAAUGUUAUAUUUUUCACACUAUUUAAUAUGUUACAUUUAUGAUAUUCAUUAUAGGUUUCAGGGAGUGUUCAGGUGUAUGUUCCAGGGAGUGUUCAGGUGUAUGUUCCAGGGAGUAUUCAGUUAUUUACGGUUUCAGUGUAAAAAUUGCUACAGUAUUAAUUGAUGUGUAUAUGAAGUUUUUACAAAUUUCCCAAACUUUUUAGACAGUACUAUUAUAAUAAAAAUGUCAGAUUUAUCACCAUAUACUGUUUAUAUACUGUUAAUGAUCAUCAUACCUGUAGUUAGGAGUAUUGUGUGACAACAUUGGACAUGUUUACUUCAUUACCAAACUUGUGUGAUCUCAUAGUUAUGGUAAAGUAACUAACUAAAUUGUAUUUAUAGAACAAGUGCUAUGAAUAUUGUUACCAUUUUAAUAACCUAUAUUUUCUUAAACAUUCAAAUAGUGCCAAUAAGGCUUUUGUAUUUUAUUAUUAUUUGAAUAAAAACAAUUCAGCAUU